AUGGUGUCGGAUCUUGUUCGUGUGUUGCUUGGAUGGAGAAUCGGUGCGUGUUGGGCCUGUCGGAUAGAACAUGUAGCAACGAAAACUGCUGUGCAGAUUAGAAGCCAUGCUCAGAAAUUCUUCUCCAAGGCUGCUGUUAGUAUUGGCAUAACAAUAGAACAUGAGGUGAGGAUUCAUAACUUCUUGAAGAGGACUAGGAAGAACGGUGGAGGGAACGUGUCAAGCUUACUCUGCUUCCGUCCUGAGAUGAUGUUUCAUGUACUCAUUGCAGUGUGGGACAAGAAAAUGGUGCACAAACAAUUUAACUGGCUAUGGCACCACGUUCCAACAUUUGCACCAUACAAGGUCGAAGGUGUCUUCCUCCCACUGGUUCUUGCACAGGGAAGCACAGCUCAAACCGCUAAAACAGCAGCCAUUGUCUUACAGAGUCUAACACCAAACGCUCAGAACGUGUUCAAGAUUCUCGCUGACUACCAACUUUCUCACCCAGAUGAAGACGGCAUGCCCACUGAAGAACUGUAUUCAGCCUCACGUGAAUGCUUCUUUGUGAGCAGUCAAGUGACUCAACUCUCAUCUCACGGAGUUUAA